AUGUCAGACUCCAACAGCAAUGACACCCUCUUCUUCCUAAUAGGCCUCCCAGGCCUGGAGGCUCUGCAUGCCUGGCUUUCCAUUCCCCUAUGUGCCUUGUAUCUGGUGUCCCUAGCAGGAAACAGCCUGAUUAUAUGGGUGGUAAGGUCAGAGCCCACCCUGCACCAGCCCAUGUACUACUUUCUGUCCAUUCUGGCAGUGACUGACCUGGGCCUGUCUGCCUCCACAAUGCCCACCAUGCUCACUAUUUACAUGCUGGGUCUCAGACAGGUGGUGGUGGAUGUUUGCCUGGCACAGCUCUUCUUCAUCCACACAUUCUCCAUCAUGGAGUCCUCUGUGCUGCUUACCAUGGCCUUUGAUCGUUUUGUUGCCAUCAGGAGCCCUCUCCACUAUGGCACCAUCCUCACAAACACCAGAAUUGCAAGCUUGGGCUUGGCUAUUGUGGUACGCAGUAUCGGUCUCCAUAUUCCAGCCCCCAUCAUGCUGAAGAAGCUGCCUUACUGCCGGAAUCGCCUGCUGUCCCACUCCUACUGCCUGCACCCAGAUGUCAUGAAGCUGGCCUGUGCCAACACCCGCAUCAACAGUGCCUAUGGGCUCUUUGUGGUGAUCUCCACAUUGGGAAUGGACUCAGUACUCAUUGUCCUCUCCUAUGGGCUAAUCCUCCAAACAGUGCUAUCCAUUGCCUCAAAGGCCGAGCGCAUGAAAGCCCUCAACACAUGUGUCUCCCACAUCUGUGCUGUGCUACUUUUCUACAUUCCCCCCAUUGCCAUGUCAAUGAUCCACCGAUUUGGGAAGACAGCAUCCCCUUCUAGCCCUGUGCUGCUCUCUUAUCUGCACUAUCUCACCCCUCCAGUGCUCAAUCCAGUUGUUUACACUAUCAAGACCAAGGAGAUCCGACUGAGGAUGCUGCGCCUCUUCUGCCCUGGAAGGAGUGGUAUUAGAGACAUCCACGGUCAUUAAGAAUCUGGUGGAGAGAGAAAAUGCAGGAAGAGCUCUAGCCAUAGUGGCAACUCUAAACACAGAGGUCACAUAGCAAGAAAAGAAUGUGCUGUAAAAAC